AUGUCUGCGUAUUCUUCUGAAGGUGAUCUUGAUAGAACCUCAAUGGAUCAACGUACUAGACUUUUGUCUAGUACAGAGAGAUUAAAUGACAGUAGUAAACGUUUACAAGAUAGUCAUAGAAUUGCUUUAGAAAUAGAAAACAUUGGAGCAGAUGUAUUGGGAGAUAUUCGUAGACAACGUGAACAAAUUAUACAUACUAGAAAUACAGUGUCAGAUUCUUAUAUUGAUAAAGCACAACGUACUCUAAAGGAAAAUAAAGAUUACAAUAAUGACGAAUAUGAAAUAACAGAAGAUGAAAAAAUACCAUUAGAUUUCAGAAAUUCUUUAAAUAAAACAAAAAUGCAUGAUUCUGAGUCUGGAAUGUCUUACAAUAAAUAUACUUAUGUUGAUCACUAA